AUGGGCCGAUACACUGGGAGGAGCUGCCGCCUUAUCUCCAUGCUGGUCAUCACCGUCAUCAUCUUCGUGCUGGAGCUGGUCUCCGGGUACCUGGGCAACUCCAUCGCCCUCAUCUCUGACUCUUUUAUCAUGCUGUCCGACCUGAUCUCCCUGUGCGUGGGCAUUACCGCCUCCCGGGUGUCCCGGCGCCGCAGCCGAGGCCCCCGGGCCACCUAUGGUUACCCGCGGGCAGAAGUGGUGGGCGCCCUGUGUAAUGCCGUCUUCCUUACCGCCCUCUGCUUCACCAUCCUGGUGGACUCGGCGCUGCGCCUGGCCACACCCCAGAGGAUCGACAACGCAGCGCUUGUGCUGAUCAUGGGGGCCCUGGGCCUGGGGGUCAACAUCGUGGGGCUGCUGGUCUUCCAGGACUACGGCGUAUGUAUGCGCUUCCUCUUCAGACGCAAAGCUGGCGCAGAGUGUGAGCUGAGUGUCCCCUCAAGGAGUGUGGAGAUCAGCCAAGGGCCCGGGGCCACAGAGGACGGAGGAGCAGGUGACUCUUUAGAUGAAGAAGACCCCGAUCUGGAGGAUGGGAAAGAUCAGAGCAAUAAGAAAGCAGCUGCCCUGAACAUUAGAGGGGUCCUGCUGCACGUGAUGGGGGACGCUCUGGCAUCCGUUGUCGUGGUGUUGGCUGCUCUUAUAUUUUACGUGAAACCUUUGGCCGUGGACGCACCAUGUAACUGGCAGUGCUACAUUGAUCCCAGUCUUACAGUCGUCAUGGUCGCCAUCAUUUUAUUCUCCGCGUAUCCCCUCAUCAGAGAAACAGCCACCAUUCUGCUCCAGAUGGUCCCCAAAGGCGUCAGUGUUGGAGACAUCGUUGAGAAAAUCGCGCAGGUGCCGGGAGUGAGAAGUAUACAUGAGAUCCAUAUCUGGGAGCUCGCCAGCGGAAAGAACAUUGCAACGCUUCAUGUAAAGUUCCAUUGUCUGUCAGACUACAUGGCAGCCAAUCGCGACAUCCGUAACAUCUUCCAUGCGGAGGGAGUUCACGCGGUGACUCUUCAGGCCGAGUUUACAGAUGAGAAGGACGUGUCCUUAGCGUGCGACGCACCCUGCAUCUCCAAGAAGUGCGACCCAAACCUCUGCUGCAGCCAGGAGCUGAUCCCGUUCACUGAAUCCAACGGUCACGCCCUGAAGAAGGGCAAAUCCUCCCAGGUAUGGUACAGAAGUAAUGAGGUGGACUAUGGGGUCCAGAUUACUAUUGACCCUCGGUACGCAGGACCUCCUGAAGGAAAGGAAGUUGCAAAUGAUUUGAAUUCAGAAAUGGAGGCACUAAGUUCCAGAUCCACUUGGUGCUAG